AUGUUCCCCCGUAGGAAACUCUCCCUUCCGGCACUCGCCGUGCAGCAUGUUGUGAACAAGCGAGGCCCCGAUGCGCUCAUCGGCUGCAUCCCCGGCGAGACCAAGCACGCGGCCAAGAUGCUUGAGCUCUGCACCGCGGCCUACGACGCGGACGAGGUCCUGGUCUGCACCCUGCCCGUGGCCGAUGUGGUGCUGGUCCCGCGUGUGCCCGCCGUGGCCCAGCGCGACGGCCUCUUCUUCGUGGUCUACGCCACCAACAUCCGCGCGGUAGAGCUGUGCGAGGCCCUGCGCCGCGAGGCCAAGGUCGCCGUCGUGCUGGACGUGGACAACACGCUGAUCGACGCACACGCAGUCACGCUGAGCGAGCGCGACUGGGCGGCCCUGGACUGGGUGGACUGCACGGUCACCACCCAGUCUGGCAAGCAGGUGCCCGCGCAGUGGGCGCGCCUGAACCACUACGACCCACUGGCCGAGGAGGUGUUCCUCAUGCACUGGCGCAUGAACCAGGUGGACUGCACCUUCCACGUCCGCGUGCGGAAGGGCUGGGCCAUCUUCCGCAGCUUCCUGGCGCAGAACGAGGACCGCUUCACGACCUUCAUCUGCUCCAAGGGCAAGCAGGAGUACCUGCAGCUGCUCUGGACCUUCCUGGACCCGGACGGGGAGCUGAUGCCGCGCUCGCGCUGGCCGACGCACAUGACCAGCACCUUCCCCGACGUGCUGCCCGCCGCGGCGCCCAAGACCGCGCUGAGCGCGCUGGGCUGCGCCAGCGUGCUGCAGCCCCACGUGGCCACGCAGCUGGCGGCGCCGGUGGUGGCCUUUGACGACUCGCGCUCUGCGUACUACGAGGACUACGAGAACAGCAUCCUGUACGUGGAGGAGUAUCGCCCCUCCGACGUCGCGGCCUCGGACUCGGGGUCGGUCCUGCGCCAGGCCACCGCCUGCCUGGACGCCUUCUGGCAGGCCACCUGCACGGAGGAGGGGGCCUUCGCCUGGCAGGCUGCGCAGUCCUUCGCCUCGGCCCUGCUGGCCACCGUGCGCCGCACGGCCAUGGAAUCGCCCGACGCCAUCGCCUACCUGCAGCUGCGCUGCCGCAAGCAGGGCGAGGUGCUGUGGCACCAGUUCACCGCCGAGGCCGUGUUUGAUGGCCGCAACUACAUCCAGGACGAGGCGGAGGAGGGCGACCCAGGCGCCGGGGCGGGGGCGGCCGGCGCAGCCGGCGCGGCGCCCUCCCCCGCCCUCGCGCCGCCCAUCGUCCCGCCCUGCUACGACGGCGCGUCGGUGCUGUCGGCCGGCGAGGGCGACCCCGCCGAGCGCCUGGCCGUGCUGGGCCGCCUGUGCAGCGCACGCGGCGGCGAGCUGGGGUCGGGCGCCUCGCUGCUGCCCAGCGAGGACGACUCGCCCACCGCCGGCAGCGCCUCGCCGGGCGACGUCCCGGUGCUCGGCGGCGCGGCCUACGCCGGCCUGGCGGGCGGCGCCCAGCCCCUGGCUGCCGCCCAGUGA